AUGGAUCGACCAUUGAGCUUUGAAGCCAUUCUGUUUCCUUCGGAUGGACGUCUACCACAUAUGGUGUCAUUAACGACCAGCCCGGUGUCAGAUCGUCAUUCUUAUAAUACCCUUCACCUGCCACGUAUGCCCCAUCCCGAAGAGUUCAUGGACUACAUUGCCAAGGACUUAGGUUUACGUGCAUGGAAAUACCAGUUGGUGGAGGCGUUGGAUGGCAUGAACCGCAAAUUCACCAAUCCCUACAUCAUAUUCUACCCAACUGUCUCUAAUGAUGGUCUACCUUUCCCCAUAAAAAAUUUCUCCGUGAAAUUCAAGGACCUGCCUUCAAGGAGACAUCAGCGUGGCGAGGCAAUAUUCUUGUUGCAAAAUACCGGGACAAUCCCUUUUCUUCAAUGA